AUGAUUUAUAACCUAAAUAACAAAGACAACAGUAUACCACUUAAGCAAAGAAUCAAUAAUCAGAGAGAAAAGCUUAUGAACAAGCACUUAAAUACAAUGAAACUUGAAAACCUCGCAGGGAUUUAUAAAGUUCAUGAAGCAACUCCUCGUGAAAAAAGUAUCGAAACAUUAUUUGGCAUUUCGAAAUCUUACACUUGCUCUGAAAGGCUAAUUCACCUAACUCCCCCUCCUUGAGUGAACAAAACCAUUAGAGAAAAAUCGCUAUUUUUUGCCCAAAAACUCACCCUUCGUGAGUGAACAAAAAUUUUUUUUAAUAGAAAAUUUUUUUAUGGAACAAAUUUUUGAUAUAUAAGUGAUAAUUUGUAUAAUGAAAUUUAGAGUGUUUAAUUUUAAACAAAUUGCUUUUUAAAACAUAAAUUUUAUAAAUUAAAUUAAUAUUUGCUUUCCAAUUUUUGCGAAUUAGGAUUUUUUUUAAAUUCGAAAAAAAAUAUUUUGAAAAAUUUAUAUAUAAAUUUUUUAAAAAAAAAACCCUCCGAAAGUGAACAAAAUUUUUUUGUUUACUCACGGAGGGGGGAGUAAGUAAGCCUCGUGAUCCUAGAAUGAAGAAAAGCAAAACUUAUUUUUCACAAACCAGCCUUCAAGUAACAAAAAGCAUUUUUCCUCAAAUUUCGAAACCAAAAUCCAAUAGCGAAGUUUUAAAAAUAUACCAAGAAUUAGAUAAAUUUACUGAAAGAAUUAAAAAUGAUUCAACAGUUUUUGGAUGCUCGACAAUAGACAUCAUGAAUUUAAAGUCAAAAAAAUAUCGAAAAUCAAGUGUAUCUUAA